AUGAUAAAAAUAAGCCAGUUUACCCUCAUUUCAACACUGGAUAAUUUAAUUGAUGAUCUUCUAGCCAUUGAAUAUGUAAAGGCAGAUAUUAAUUGCCCAGAUCUGAAAACUACUUAUAAGAAUGUGGUACAGCUCAUAAAGGUUACUUUUUCUUCUGUAGAUAUCCAUUUACACACAGAAGCACUUAUGAGUACCAUGAAUUUCCUAAAUAAUCUUCUUCCGAAACAAGAGACAAGUACAGUAGAGAUCGUCCAGGAAAAAGAAGAAAAGAAGGAAGUUCUUAAGAAACUUACUUCAAAAAAGUCAAAGUAUGAAGAUGUUUGUGAUCUCCAUGUUUGUGCAGACAUGUCCUGUUUACGCAUUUUUAUAAGAGAACAAAAAAGCUGGAUAUCUGAAAUCCGCAUUGAAGGUCUUGAUAGUGAGGUGAAGAUGAAGAAAGAAACAACUGAAGUAUCAGCAAACUUAAAGAAUAUCGUUAUUUUGGAUUGUGAUGAGGCAGCACUGCAUAAAAAGGCUCUGUAUAUUACAGGCAAAGAGGUCUUCAGUUUCAAAAUGGUGACGUACAUGUAUGCUACAAAUGACAUUUCGUAUACUGAUAUGGAAGCUGUUGACAGCCAGGUUUACUUAACUGUUGGAUGCAUUCAGAUUGUUUUUGUCAACAAAUUUGUCUCUGCUAUUUUGGUAAGCUUCCUUUUUGUUUUAGAAAAUACAAUAAGGUGAAGAGAUUGUUUUACUUAACUUAUAGUGGGAGCAAUGGUGUAGUGGAAGAGUAGUGCACCCCUGGGACUUAUUUUCGAAGUAGGUGCGAUGAUGCCAUUAGUUGGAGUGACUGACUCUCUAGAAACCUUUGUUUCUGGAUUAUUGGCAUAAAUGAAGUGAGGGAAUGGGUCCAGUUUCCUAAUCUAUGACUAUCAGCUGAUCCU